CAAAUACAAUGCAAAAAACAUAAAAGCCCAUAGUUCAAACUUCAAAGUUCAAACGAAGGGAACCAGAGACUGUAGCAGUAGUCUUGGAUAGAUGGAAGCAAAUGGGGUUGCGGAAGGGAAUGGGGAUGGAGCUGAGGAAGCUGGGUGUUUUGACAUUGGGUCGUUAGGGAGGUGCUUGAGCAGCUUCGUCGAUGAAGGUAGCCCUGAGAGUCACAGAUACUACCUCUCACGGAGAACUGUGUUUGAGAUGUUGACAGACAGAGGCUAUUCUGUUCCCAGCUCUGAAAUUGACCAGUCUCUGCAAGAAUUUCGAGCCAUUCAUGGCCAGAACCCAGAUAUCAAUCGCCUCAAAUUUUCCGCUGCUUACAAGUCGGAUCCCUCUAAAAGGAUGCUGGUUAUUUUCUGUGGGACAGGUGUGGUUAAAGUUAGUUCAGUCCGUGUCAUUGCUGCUCAGAUUGUUAAUAGAGGCAGUUUAACUGGUCUGAUCUUAAUCUUGCAAAACCAUAUAACAAACCAAGCUCUGAAAGCUGUGGAUCUUUUUACUUUUAAGGUUGAGAUGUUCCAGAUUACUGACUUGCUUGUUAAUAUCACAAAGCAUGUAUUAAAACCAAAGCAUGAGGUUAUGAGUGAGCGGGAAAAGCAAAAGCUCUUAAAAAAAUACAGUAUUGAAGAAAAGCAGCUUCCUCGACUAUUAAAGAAAGAUGCAAUCGUGAAGUAUUACGGGCUUGAGAAGGGACAGGUGGUGAAAGUUACACACACCGGCGACAUUACUGAGUCGCAUGUUACUUCCCGGUGUGUCUGGUAAUGAAUUGCCUUCGUAAUCUUUUUGUAUCAUCCUUUUCAUGUUGUAGAAUUGAUUGUAUUCUUAUUUCAUGUCGUUUUGGACUCUGCUUGAACUGGCUUGAGGAUUCCUAGUCCCAAUCUUGUACCUCACAAUGAAGGGCAGAGUUAGAAAUUUUUGGUUUUUUAAGGGGCUAAUGUUAUAUAUAAAAUUAAUUUGAAAUUUGGUUAA